AUGAGGCUUACCGUGUCACUAUUUGCAGGCUUGGCAGUUUCUGCCAUUGCUUCGCCUAUCAGUUCAAUUGUUGAGAUCAGCAGUGGUCGCGUGCAAGGGAACCCGCCCGAUCAGACCGGGGUCCGAUCAUUCAAGGGGAUUCCCUUUGCAGCUUCUCCUGUUGGAGAGAAUCGUUGGAAGUCUCCACAGCCAGAACUCGCUUUCGAGGGUACCUAUAAUGCCACUGUCUAUGGGUCAAGCUGCUCUGGGGCUCUGGCGGGCAAUUACAUGGGCGAAUCUCCGUUGACAGCUCCAAGCGAAGACUGUCUGACCGUUAAUGUAUGGACGCGUGCAAAUAGCACAUCAGAGAAGAUACCCACGAUGAUUUGGAUUUACGGAGGUGGCUUCGAGUUCGGUACCUCCGCCAUGGCCACCUACGAUGGCUCAGCUCUCGCUCGCGAAGGUGUAGUAGUGGUUUCUUUCAACUAUCGCCUUGGAGUGCUGGGAUACCUGGCCCUCCCGGAACUCGAUGCAGAAGGCACCAUGUCCGGUAACUUCGGCCUCCAAGAUCAAUUAGCUGCCAUCCGCUGGGUGAAGAAGAACAUUGCCGCCUUUGGGGGUGAUCCCGACAACAUCACUAUUUGGGGCCAAUCGGCCGGGGCGCACUCGGUUGGCCUGCUUAUGGCCUCUCCGCUAUCUGAUGGACUUUUUCAGAAGGCAAUCAUCGAAAGUGGAGCCUACUGGGAUAGCGAGCAUGGAUCGAUUGAGACAUUCUCCCACGCUCGAACCAAGGGCAAGUCUUUCAAGAAGAAGUUGAAUGUCUCUUCGAUAGCCCAGCUACGUGCCCUCCCUGUCGACACCGUCGUCAAUGCGGCACUAUGGAAUCCUAGCCUCGACCCCGGCUUCACAGCCUUCGCACCAAACACGGACAAGUUCGUGGUGCCUAAAGAGCCAGCGGAGAUAUUCGACCUUGCUCAAACUCAACAAAUCCCCCUCUUGGGCGGUUUCAACGCACGCGAAGAUCUUAUAUUCGAUACACGAGCUCUGCCUCACAAUACCUCCGCCCAGUAUCGUGAGGCAGCCGAAGCAAUGUUCACAGAACACUCGUCCGAAUUUUUCAAGCUCUACCCAGGCGACACAGAACCACAAGCCACCAACUCCGCCUACACCCUCACCGGCGACCUAGUCAUUAGCGAACAAACCUUCGAAGCCCUCGACAGACAGGCGCGCUCAAGCAGUCAGGACGUUUACGCGUAUUACUACAACUACACCUCUCCAUACUCACCAGUGGCCAUCCACACCGCAGAAAUAAAUUUUGUUUUCGGAAACCUCGUUCCCAGCUUCUCUUCGUCCGAGUCGCCGACGGCUAGUGAUGAGGCCUUUUCCGAGAAGAUGAGGAAAUAUUGGACCAAUUUUGCCAAAACUGGGAAUCCCAAUGGUGAUGGACUUCCGAAAUGGCCUGAGUACAAGGGCCAAGGGGAGGUUUUCCUGAUGCUUGGUAAUACUAUUGCUCCUAUUGAGAAUCCUGGUCAGAAGAGAUUUGAUUUUAUUUCGUCUCUGAGGAUGAAUGGGGCUUUACCGGCCUCUUGGUGGCGUCAGAAUCUCUGA